GAACUAUCUAAUUUUGUGGAACUGUUUACGUCAAACAUGACGCGAAUAAUCGAUUUUUAAUCAUAAAUUAUUGGUAACGUAGAGUUAAAUCUGUCUCAGACAUAUUUUAGAGAAAAGGGUAGGGACAUGCGGCUAUUUGCUGCUGUAUUUCUUGGCCUUGGGGUUGUCUUUUGUGGGGCAUUUGAACUGAAGAACUUUAAUUUUGGGAAUCAUGGAUACAACAGUGUUUUGAAGAUUUUGAACAAGACCCACAAAUUAUGUCCAGAUAUCAGCCGAAUUUACAGCCUGGAUGAAAAGACGGUUGAAGGAAGAGAUCUUGUAGUUAUAGAGUUCACCGCAGAUACUCCGGGUACACACAUUGUGGGAAAGCCUGAAUUUAAGUACGUUGGUAACAUGCAUGGGAAUGAGGUGGUGAGCAGGGAGGUGCUGCUGGCCCUGGUGGUUUAUCUGUGUCAGGGAUACAGAGAGAAGGAUGAAACGGUCACAUGGUUGUUACAGAAAACCCGUAUACACAUAAUGCCAUCCAUGAACCCUGAUGGCUGGGAGUUAGCUAACUCACGCCCAAGAAAGAAUGGUAAGAAGCCAUGGUUGGAUGGUAGAGCUAAUGCAAACAAUGUAGAUUUGAACAGAAACUUUCCUGAAGUGGACAAGUUAGAAUACAAAUAUGAGAAACUGAAGGAUGGACUGAACAAUCACAUUAUGACACUGAACAAAGCUCUUAGUACACCACAUCUUGCCCCAGAGACAAGAGCAGUCAUUAAGUGGUUAUAUUCUAUUCCAUUUGUGUUAUCCUCAAACCUCCAUGGAGGGGACUUGGUGGCCAAUUACCCGUAUGAUGAAUCUCGUGAUUACAGCAAGACCUCACAGUACUCAGCCUCUCCUGAUGAUGUUCUCUUCAGAUAUUUGGCAAAAUCUUACUCAAAGUUCCACCCAUCUAUGGCAGAUCCAAUGCGAACACCAUGUGACAUGUCAGGUGACCAAGAUCUGCCUGAAUUUAAGGAUGGAAUUACCAAUGGAGCAAAGUGGUACUCUGUUUCUGGUGGAAUGCAAGAUUUUAAUUACCUGGCCACAAACUGCUUUGAGAUCACACUGGAACUGGGCUGUGACAAAUUCCCGUACCCUGAGGAGGAGAAGAAGUACUGGGAGGACAACAGAGAAGCCCUCAUCAAUUACAUGUUCCAGGCACAUAUUGGUAUCAAGGGUGUGGUUGAGUCCAGUGGGAAAAAGAUUCCUAAAGCUACCAUCAAGGUGAUAAAUAUGACAUCGGGGUCACCAAUAAAGCAUGAUGUCCUCUCAGGAAAGCUGGGUGACUACUAUCGCUUACUCAUGAAUGGAGACUACAGAAUCCGAGUUGUUGCUGAUGGCUAUUAUCCUGAGGAGCGCUGUGUUACUGUGUCAAAUAAACACAUGGAGGAGGCUCAGGUGGUGGAUUUUAACCUGACACCCACCUCCAGUAAACAGCCGGAGAGACAAAGCGAAUGUGUUUCCAGCAGACAGUUAGACUUGGACAGCAGGAUGGAGCAAAAACUCCAGGACUCUCUCUAUGAUAGGUUAUAUGGUGACUAUGUGUACAACACCAAUGAUUACCAGCUGUAUGACUACCUGAAGAGGAUCUUAAGACCAGUCAUUGGGAAUUAAUGUUAUCAGUCAGCAAUCUCCUUAUUGGUUACGGUGGUAGUAUAAGUAGCAUUCACUCAUAUUAAACACUCCCCCCCAAAAAAGUAAAUUUGUAAAAAAAAAAAAAUUGUAAAAAGAUCUCCUUAUCACUAACCCUGAAUUAACACGUCAGGAAUUAUUCUCAGUUUCAAAAUGAUAAAACAUUUUAUGAUGAAUCAAUGUAAUUUUUGUACGACAGAAAUCAUAUUUUUAUACAAUUACAUAUUUUCUUAACAAGGUUAGCAAAAUUUAAUCCUAGUUGUAUGACAAGUUGAGGGAUUUGUUAUUCAUUGAUACAACAGUAUUUACAAAAAAACUAAUGUAUAAUGCAUUAUUUUUACUGCUGUAAAUUUUACCAAGUUAAAGUUCGUGUUUAACUAACAAAUUUCAUAAACUAAAUUUGAAGCUUUAGAAAAAACCUGCUUUUGAAUACUUAAAGGAGUUGUAUGUAUGAAAUGCAGAUUUUCCUCUCAAGUUUGAGAGAUUUUCCAGAUUAUGUUGAUCAAGGUUUCAAAUAUCAUCAUUUUUAGUACCAAAAAAAUAUGGGCUUCAUUAUCUAAUAACUUUCAUCUAAUUCUGUGAUGAAAGGUCAAACAUCAGAUAAGAAUUUAGCAAGUUUACAAAUGGAAAACUGUGUUGAUAGGCACAUUACAAAAUUCAUUGUAGGUUGAAAAUGAACAAAUAGAAGAUAAAUUUUCCAUACAUGUACUUGAUUACCAGUAAUCUGCUAUAAAACGUAUGAAUUUGUAAAAUCUGUAUGAUUAAUCUGUUUGGCAUUAUGAUAAACAGGUAUUAAGCCUUAUUCUGUUAUGAAAUUCAACACAAUAUUUCUGAAUAAAUUAAUGAUAUACAUUAAAACUUGAGUAAAAUUUACAGCAUGUAAAAAAACUCAUCAACGGUUAGUUUACUUCCUUGUUAUUAAGUGAAAAUGAUCAAAGUCUGAUAUUUGUGUCUUGCAAUGCUGUAGUGCAAUACAUGUACAUCCUCAGGGUUGUAUAUUUUGGUCUUGAUACAUGUACCUCCACCUUUUAAGAAUUUUGCAGAUGUGUUUCUUAUACUUUAGGUAUUUGUUAAUAUUCGAGAUGAUAAUAAUGAGGGACCAAUGACACUGUUUUCUUUUUUCAUAAUUGAAUGAUUGGUAACUUUUUUUUCAAAUUAGAAAAUUUAAUGUAUGGCAUACAAAAACUUUUGUACUUAUGUCUUAAUAUUGUGUUUUGAUUG